AUGAAGGAACAAGCGCAUGUGACCGAGUCCUCGACAGGAAUCCAAGCGGAUGCCAUUACGGAAGAGCAAGUGAACAACCCUCCCACUGACCGGAAGCAGCGUCAGUGGACCGAUGACUCUCCCAGGGCGACCCUGGGAGAGUCAGAUUCAGGCGAAAAAAUCAUUUUGACCGAAGAGGAAUGUUACGAAGAGCUGGGAUUUUGUUUCCCCAGGUGGAAGAAAUGGAUGAUCAUCUCUGUGAUUUUCCUGGUCCAGACAUCCAUGAACUUCAACACCAGCUUGUAUUCCAAUGCCAUCACCGGCAUCUCGGAAGAGUUUAGCGUCAGUAUGCAGGCAGCUCAGUGCGGUGCAAUGAUAUACUUAGUGACCUAUGCAUUCGGCUGCGAGCUCUGGGCCCCCUGGAGCGAGGAACUCGGUCGUAAACCCAUCCUGCAACUGAGUAUGUUCCUGGUGAAUAUCUGGCAGUUGCCUGUUGCUCUCGCCCCGAAUUUCGCUACCAUCAUGGUCGGUCGUGCGUUCGGAGGGCUAAGUUUAGCGGGUGGGUCGGUCACCUUGGGCAUGGUAGCCGAUCUGUGGGAGGCUGAUACUCAUCAGUAUGCUGUCGCUUGUGUCGUGUUCUCCUCUGUGGGUGGCUCCGUCAUUGGGCCUGUAGUAGGUGGAUUUGUCGAGAAGUACCUGCAAUGGCGAUGGGCCAUGUGGAUCCAGCUCAUCUUCGGGGGCUUUGUCCAACUCAUGCACCUGUUGCUUGUUCCGGAGACUAGAACGACAAUCUUGCUUGAGGUGAUUGCGAAAAAGAGACGAAGAAAGGGAGAGAAUGUCUACGGGCCGUACGAACUCAUCUCCUGGAAGGAGCGCUUCUCCAUGAAAGAGAUCCUCAUCACCUGGGUUCGCCCAUUUCAAAUGUUUCUGACAGAACCUAUCGUGCUGACCCUGUCGCUACUGAGUGGGUUUAGUGACGCACUCAUCUUCAUGUUCAUCCAGUCUUUUGAGCUGGUCUACAAACAGUGGAGAUUCGACGCUUCUGCCCUGGGUCUCUCCUUCAUUCCCAUUCUCGUGGGCUAUAUGAUUGCCUGGGUGUCUUUCAUCCCCGCUAUCUGGCGGAACGAGACUGAAAGGCAACGCAAGCCCGACGACGAACACGCGCAGUACGAGUCCCGGCUGUGGUGGCUGCUAUAUACGGUGCCCUGCCUACCUAUUGGCCUGAUCGGGUUUGCCUGGACCAGCGGCGGGCCUCCAGUGCACUGGAUGGGCAGCAUGGUCUUUUCGGCCCUGGUAGGCAUUGCCAAUUACAGCAUCUACAUGGCCACCAUUGACUAUAUGGUUUGUGCCUACGGCCCUUUCUCUGCGUCGGCCACCGGUGGCAAUGGGUUUUCUCGAGAUAUUCUCGCCGGUAUCCUGACGAUCCCUGCAAGGCCCUUUUUCGAAAACAUCGGUGGAGACCGUCAUCUGGAGUACGCUUCAACCAUUUUAUUCUGUAUCUCCAUCGUUCUGAUGGCCUCGGUGUACGUGAUAUACUGGUACGGACCGAGGCUUCGCAAGCGCUCGCCAUUUGCCCAGCAGCUUUCCCAGAGGCAAGCAGAGGGACACUCACAACGUCGACGGGCCUCCGCCGUGGCUCCAUAG